GCUGGCAAGAGUUAUCCCGUCGCUCCUGGAUCUACCAGCACUCCUAAGUUUGCCGCGCGCCCGCUCGUGACAGGCGGAGCGCUGCGGCCCGAGAGCGAACGAGGGAGGGAAGUUACCCGGGCAACUGAAACAAACGGCCGCAAGGAAAACUUGGGCGCGCCGGCAGAGCGCGUGUGUUGCUGGGACGAGCGGGAAGAUCUAGAGCAGAAGCCUUCCGUGCUUCUUUUGUGCCUGGCGCGCGCAGGAUGAUAGAGCCACGGACAGUUUCUUCUCCUGGUUUUCCAUUAAAUGAAAGGUUUGAAGAGCUCGCAAAACCAAAGAAGGUAGAAGAUGUGUGGAACUUUUCUCGUAAAUUAGUCUGGGGAAAUCAAGAGACAAUAUGGCCCCUCUCCCCACGUGCUCUGACAAGUCGACCAAAUUCAAGAAUCCUAGCACUGGCAAAACCCAAGACACCAUUAGAAGGAAAUCUCCAGCGCAGGUCCCUCUAUGUGUACAGCUGUGGUCGGGUAUCUGAGAUCUGGCAUCGCCCUCCAGGACUAUAUUCUAUAAUGCCAUCCAAACGAACAUUACAGCUAGCAGAACCUAGAAAAUAUUCAGAAAUGUACCUGAAACAAAGGCCACGAAGCUCUCCGUUGUGGCCUGUCACCAUCUCAGCACUUUAUUCUAAAGCUUCUCAGCGAAUUCUGACUCUUGCACAACCAAGAUGCCUGCUCUCAUCCUUCACCCUUCCAAGAGAGCCUCAAUCAAGUGUUUCAAAAGCUGCAAGGAGGGCUACAGCAUCCACAAGGACGGAGUGUCUUGCCAAGCCGGUAUUUAAGAAGUAUCCCAUGUGCUAUGAGAACAGAUUCAUGGAGGCUCCAAUCCGAGAAGUAAGCCUGGCUGCCCAGAAAGCAGUGCCAAGUCCAAGGAUAGUAGAGCUUGCUAAAGCAAAAAUGCUCCCGGCUGAAAGUUUCCCUGAGCGUUCUCCCGAGUGGCCUGUGUCAGUUGCUGCAAAGCAUGCAGUAGCUUCACCUAGACUUGGUGAACUUGCUCAGCCUCCGAAAAGGGCCCCGACCCACUUUGUCCAGUUUGACCCAGAAGCCUUUACUGUAAAGGAAGCUGCUAAAAAGGCAUACUGUUCAGAAAGAGUUGUGGAGCUAGCACAGCCAAUUACACGCUGAGCUAAUUCAUCAGAUGUGUCUUAACUCCCCCAGCACCUCAUUUUAAAUAAAUUAGGAGAAAACUCUGGUUGCCUUUCUCUGCUUCUUUCCACCACCAUUUCAAUGACCUUUGAAGAUAAGAUGGUGCUGGCUUAAACUGACUAUUUAACAACACACAGUUAUUCUUCAUAUUAAAUGGGUAGGAUCCUGGCAUUUCUUUCUUAGUAUAUU